CGCCACACCCUGUCAAACCACGCAAGUCGCACGUUCAGAAAAGUGAAAAGACGACCAGGCAAGUCUCCAACUGACAAGUACACUGGGGACUACUGAGUGGGACAAUCGCAGCACGCAGCAGGAGGCAGGAAUGUCUGAACGUGCUGCGCCCAUGUCGAGUCCCUGCAAACCUCACAAACUAAUCCACACAACUCGUCAUCGAACACCUGCUGCUUCGCCUCCCGCGCAUCUCCAACGUCUUGGCGCCCCCAGACUCAGAGAGGGGAAGAGAGUUUUUUUUUUGAGAGAAGAAGAGAGUUGGGCUUGGUACCACACACUCUUAUCCACAACGGGCACGCCGGUGUGUGUCCAAACCUUCUCCACGCGUUUCCUCCUUCCCUCCCACUCUAUUCCCCUCUGCCUCUCUGUUCAUUCCUGCCUUCCAAGAGACAAAGAAGAAGGAACGCCAAGCAGCUCAAACCAAGCAAUGUCUUUGACACCUUCCAUCCCUUCCAUCAAGGUAAAGGUGGGACGCGUCGUCCCGCCGCCUCCGUACCGGGCAUGCAGGUCGUUCGCCGUGAUCAGGAGCUCCAAGGCGGAGGGGCCCAGGAGACCCGCGGCGCCUCCACUGUCGCCGCCCCCGCCUAUGCCUCCCAAGACGCCAGCGCUGUCCACGCCUCCGAGCCUGUCCCAGCCACCGACCCCAGUGAAGCCAGCACAGCCGUCACCUCCUCUUCCCGAGACCAAGCCGGCAGUGGCAGCUGUUGCGACGCCACCAGUGGGAGGGGUUGUCACGUUCGAGUACCAGAGGAAGGUGGCCAAGGAACUACAGGAAUACUUCAAGAAGAAGAAGCUGGAGGAGACCAACCAGGGACCCUUCUUUGGGUGGUUGGCCAAGAAUGAGAUUGCCAAUGGAAGAUGGGCUAUGUUUGGGUUUGCAGUGGGGAUGCUAACAGAGUACGCAACAGGCUCGGAUUUCGUCGAGCAAAUGAAGAUCCUUCUCUCCAAUUUUGGGAUUGUGGAUUUGGAUUGAUGGCUCAUGUUUGGCGGUGUUGUUCUGUACAAGUCUGAAGUAUAAUCUAUCUUCUUUCAUCCAAAGUAUAGAAAGAUCAAUCUUGCACACUAUUAUAUCCUUGGGUUCAUUUGUGCUGUCCUGUCAGUUUUGAUGAAUGUAAAAUCCACUUUCCAGCUUU